AUGUGCGGAGACACGCUGAUCGCUAGUCUCCUCGCGGCGACAUGGCCGGACAGAAGCCCGGCCGAAGACGUGGAGGAGGAAGCCUCCUGGCUUCGGAACAUAGUCACGGACGCGUGCGACGCGUCGAUGUCCCCAGGCCGGCGAGCCGCUUACUGGUGGUCGGGGGAGAUUGCCGAACUUCGGCGCUCCUCCGUCCGCGCCAGAAGGCGCUUUGUGCGCUCCCGCCGGUCAGGGAUUGCCGCGAGGAUCGACAAUGCCUAUGGGGAGUACCGUACGGCGAGAUACUCCCUAAGACAAGAGAUCAGCAGGGCCAAAGACGGGGCCUGGGGACGAUCUCCUCCGGAGUAUAAACAGGGACCCGUGGGGGCGCCCCUACAAGUUUGUUAUGGGCAAGCUUCACCCUUGGGCGCCCCCGAUUACGGAGUCCCUACCUCCGCAGGACAGAAGAAUGGAGUACACCGGCCGGAACGGUGGAACACGCGGAAGGCUGUUGACACGCGGGGUUCCCCAGGGGUCCGUGCUGGGCCCCUUGUUGUGGAACCUCGCGUUCGACAAAGUACUGCGGGCUGCCUUGCCCCCGGACUGCCACCUAGUGUGCUACGCGGACGACACACUGGUGGUGGCCAGGGCCCCUGGAUGGGGGGAAGCGAUACGGCCAACUGGGCGGUGGCAUGCGUGGUGCGCGCCAUACGCGCUCUGGGUCUGGAGGUCUCGCCGCACAAGUCGGAGGCCGUCUUUUUCCACGACGGCCUCCGCGGUGCACCGCCUCCAGCCCAAAUCAUGGUGGGGAACGUCCCUGUCCCGGUGGGGCCCAGUAUAAAAUACUUGGGCCUCACAUUGGACCGCCGCUGGUCGUUCGAGAACCACUUCGUGGAGUUGGCCCCCCGGUUGGAGCGGCUAGCGGCGGCAACCAGCCGCCUGAUGCCCAACCUGGGGGGCCCCAACGAGAAGGCUCGCCGCCUAUACGCGGGAGCGAUCCGGUCGGUGGCUCUGUACGGGGCACCGAUGUGGGCGGACGAUUUGGCGGUCACCAGCCGGGUGGGCGGCGACGGCUCUGGCCGGCACCCCCCAAUCGCCCUGCUGGCGCCCGCGUACGCAGACGCGUACGAGCGGGUGCGGCAGGCGCGGGAGAGGGGUGCCCGUUUAACGGCCAGGGCCAAAGAGGUCCUUGGACGACAGGCGAGGCAACAGUCGCUGCUUGCAUGGCAGCGCCAAUUGUCCGACCCGACAAUCCCGUCGGGUCGGCGGGCUGCCGAGGCCGUCCAUCCCUGCCUGGCUGAGUGGCUGGACAGGGAUCGGGGCGGAGUGACGUUCCGCAUGGCUCAGGUGCUCUCCGGACGUGGUUGUUUCGGGGAGUACCUAAGCCGUAUAGGGCGCGAGCGCGGACCACGCUGCCACCACUGCAGCGCGGACCAGGACACGGCGCAACACACGCUGGAGGCGUACCCCGCGUGGGCGGAGAGGCGCCGUGUCCUGGUCAACGAGAUCGGCGGGGAUCUCUCCCUCCCGACGAUUGUACGCGAGAUCGUUGGGAGCGAGAGGUCCUGGAAGGCUUUCUCCUCCUUCUGCGAGGAAGUCAUCUCGCAGAAGGAGGAAGCAGAAAGGAUGCGCCAGGCGGCCGAUCCUGUCCUGCGGCGGGGCGGAAGGGGGGCGGGGGGCGUCGGCAGACGGCGGCGGCCGCCUAGUUGA